AUGUUGAAAAAUGCAGUAAUUUUCCUAGUGGUGAGCUCUUUGCUUGGACUUUCUACCUCUCAAGUGGAAGACAACGAGUUGAUCACUGAGAAUAUAGCCGACGAGUUACACACUAUUGAAGGCCUGAUACUGCCCCCCAAUCCAGAGUUACAUGUGGGGAAAAAAUGGCCGGCUGAUAUUACAGUCUCUGUGAAUGGCGGAGAAUAUUUGGGAUUUGUGCGUCAGGAUGGCAACUUUGUUGUAAGCGGUGUCCCCUCAGGAUCUUACGUAUUGGAGGCGCAACAUCCGGAUAUUUAUUUUCAGCCGGUGCUUGUUGACAUCUCAUACAAAGGCAAUUUUCGCGCAAGAAAAUUAAGUCACAUUAGGCCAAAUCAAGUGGUAAAAUUGCCCUAUCCACUCUAUCUGAAGCCAAUCCGACGUCACAGAUACUUUCGCAUUCGGGAACAAUGGAAUAUCAUGGAUUAUGUCCUGAAUCCCAUGGUACUGCUCAUGGUAGUGCCCUUGGUGUUGAUGCUAUUGCUUCCCCGAUUGAUCAACGAUCCUGAAACCAAGCGUGAGAUCGAGAAUAUACAAUUUCCCAAGAUUCCGACAGUAGUUCCCGAUUUUGGUGAUAUGCUCACUUCGUUCCUAGCUGGCAAGCGUUCUCCCGAGAAACAGAAAAAAGCGAGUACGGGAAUUCCAAACCGAAAACGCAAUUAG